UUGUCAGCGGGCUAGUGUGCGUGCGCGUGUGUCAUCCCCUGUACUGCAGUGAUUUUAAUGGAACAGUCUAUUCUACAAGCCAGGGUGGGGAGUCCGCUGGAGAUGAAUGCAGAGCUACAGGAGCAGGUGUCUCAGUGAGCAUGCAGAACCCUGAGCCGGUUUUAUACAGGGAUUAUUUUUUAUGAUUGUAGAGAAGGGUGCAGCGCACAGACCCUUGGCUCAGUGUCCCCUGUCACUGGAGUGUGGACGAGACCUGGCAGUUAUACUGUACAGUUACUGUAUUAGAAUGUGCAGAGCAGGAGGGAAGGGAGGGUCAGGGGACAUAGAGAAGGACCGGGAGCAGAAGGGAGACCGUGUAGUUUGUGGCAAUCAAAAGGCAUAGAGGGAAUUCAAUCUUAAAGCGUGCAAAGAGGUGUAGAAAGGGGCAGGAGUUUGUGACAGUUGGAAGAAGUGGAUGCAGUCGUUGGAACUCUCUGUGACCAAGCAUAACAUGAGGACACGUGGGUGCUGAGCAUUGGGACACUUCUAAGAAUGGAGGAGGAAGGAAGACGUGAUUCAGUCCAGAGUGUGGUCACCCAGAAGGGGGAGUCCCGCGGCAGUGCCAGAAGGCGCCGGCUCUUUUGGAAACUUAGACAGCGGUGGAAACUCCUUGGGCUUUUUGAAAUUGACAAAGAGCAUGAAUUCUACAGUUUGACAUGUGACCUUAAAGAAGGGCUCAGAGAUGCCAUUCAGGAGGUCACCCAGAGUGAUAUACAGCCCCAACUUACAGAUGAAGAUUACAGUGCUAAACUAACACAGGGACACAAGGGUUAUAUGAUGCGGACGUACGCGAGCCCGGUGUUCCAGCAUUUUCGCCAGUCUCUCAGGUUGUCUGAGGAAGGUUACCAGCGCUCUCUGUCAGCCUGCGGCCUCUACCUGCAGUUCAUCAGUAACUCCAAGAGUAAAGCAGACUUCUUCCUGACAAAUGACAAGCGAUUCUUCCUUAAGACGCAGAGUAAGCGAGAGGUUCACUUUCUGCUACAGAUCCUGCCCAAGUACAUUCAGCACUUCCAGGCCUAUCCGCACUCCCUGCUGGUGAAGAUUCUGGGAGUUCAUAGUAUCACAAGGGAACAGGAGAGAAAGAAAUACUUCAUCAUCAUGCAGAGUGUCUUCUUCCCAGAUGAGAGGAUCAUUGGCCGCUAUGAUAUAAAAGGCUGUCACGUAAGUCGCUGGACUGAGCCAGAACCAGAGGGAAGCCGAGUUCUGCAGGUCUUCAAGGAUGUGAACUUUGAAGGAAAUGUCAUCUGUUUAGAUCAACAGCGGUCUUGGUUGCUUCGUCAAACAGAGCUUGACACCCGCUUCUUGCGUGAGCUUAAUGUUCUGGACUACAGCCUGCUACUAGGAUUUCAGCCUCUACAUGCUGACGAGAAGAGCCAAAACUGGUCCUUAGCCAACCUCAUUGUUCGCACUAAAAGGUCUGUAAAUGGGACUGGCAGUCCUACUACAUCUCACUGUGCCUCUGUUCCUGGCACCGUAGAAGAGGAAGGCGAUUCUGUGGAUAAAGAGGAUAACAGCACAGAUUGUAGCGGCACCCCAGAAGUGACAUCUGCCAGACGUCAGACCAUGCAGAAGAUUGGGCAGCAAGUCAGCACAGUAUCUGACAUAUCUGAUGUUGUGGCGCAAAACCGUCGCUUGCUGCCAAACUACAGGAACCCUUUGCAUGUGAUGGAUGGGCCAGAGCAAAGAUACUUUGUUGGCAUCAUUGACAUAUUCACUGUGUAUGGCUUAAGGAAAAAGCUGGAGCAUCUUUGGAAGAGCAUGCGUUACCGUGGACAGGAGUUCUCCACCGUCAGCCCUUACCGUUAUUCACAAAGGCUGUGUCGUUGGGUGGAAACCCACACUGUGUAAUGGUCGGCCGCUUUGACAUGGAGGACAGUCAGGGUUGAACAGCAGCACUAGGUCUAUGUGUGCAAUAUAACCCUCUUUUAUAGACCUUUGUUCAUUUGGCUCAUGUUAUUUAUUACUGUGUACAUUUAAGGCUGCGUUGGUCAUUGAAGGCAAUAUGUAGAGCUUUUACCACAAUUGGAGGACUGCAGAGGGAGAUGAUGGCUGUGUGUUACCAAAAUGGCAGAGAAUCUUGCAAUUCCUCGCUGUACCUCCUGCUUCUUCUAUACAUCGCUUCUAGUGCUGACUUUUCACACAAGUACCCAAGUGGGGGUCAUACAGGUGCUACCAAACUGUACAUUUUAAAUUAUUUGUAUUGCGUAUACCCCCACUGCCUAGUCAGUGCCUUAUGGUACAUUAAAUACAGCCAUGUCUGUCACUUCCAACAUUCAUGCCCGCUAUUUACAAUGUCCGGGCACUGAAGGCAAUACGUAUUUGUACAGAGCACUCUUCUGGGUUGCCCCCACCCGUGCCUUGAACAAAUUCAGUGUAACAGCAUGUAGUUGCUAGAUUUUAGAUGCCUUUUUGCAAAAAACAAUGUGUGUGUGUGUGUAUAUAAUUUAAUAAAAAAAGAAAAAAAAUACAUACAUAUAACAAUGAAAAUGCAUGACUGUAGAAUGCAUGAGUGUAGAACUGAUGAAAGAAUCCCCUGAAUAUCAAACUUUUUUAUGGCUGGUAGAAUUGUUAUUUUAUUUACUUCCAUCACAAAAACAUUAAAUUGUUUUCUUGCAAUGGUAUAUUAACCGAUAACAUAUUAUUAUCCAGAUUUUUUAAAACAUUGAAUUUCUGCAUUUUAAAAUGUACAACUUGGAUUUCUUAUGCUGUGCCUGUAUGCAUGUACAAUAGCAAAAAUAUUUAAACCCAACUGAACUUUGUCUUAAUACAUUCCAGAUGCAUCAGAAUAAAGGUUUGAAAAGUU